GCGGGGAUUGGAGCGGCGCAGCGGGCUCGAAAGCAACAAUAUACACAGGAAAAACGUCUUUCGACAGGAAGAAAUACACAUAUAUUUUAUAGUGUGCGGGUGCGAGGAUGAUGGCGACUGUACUCCCUGCCAGCUCAAGCCUCGUCCCUCUUCUGGAGAGUUUGGAGGAUCCCGAGGCUGGUCAGGCGGAGAAGACGGAUGCCUACCUGACCAUCACAAAUCGUCUCAGUGGAGAGGAUGGCCGUAAUUUUCUACCUGCAGUUGUAAAGCACUUUUCACGUCUGGGUCAAGUCUUACAGACGCACAUCUCGAGUCAGAAUGUGGAGCUGAGCCAAGCUGCGCUGCAAGCUUUGGGCUUCUGCGCCUUCCACAGCAACGUAGUCUCCGGGAUCCCAGAUGAUCUUGCAGAAGAGCUUCUGGUAUCUCUUUCCUCCCUGGUUCUGGGUUCCACAGAGAAAAAUACAUGUGCCCGUGCCCUGUGGGUCAUUUCCAAACAGAACUUCCCUUCAGAAGUGGUCUCCAGGAAGGUGCCAGACAUCCUCAAAACAUUGGAGGCAGUACAAACAAGGGAAGACAUCCAGUCUGUUAUCAUGGAGCAUGAGGCGCUGAAUGUUGUCAUCAGGUUAUUGGAGCAGGCUCCUACUGAAAUGGGGGAGGGAGCAGUGCAGUGGGCCAAACUGGUCAUCCCGCUGGUGGUUCAUUCAGCCUCGAAGGUGCGCCUACGAGCAGCAGCUGCCUUGGAGAUGGGCAUGCCUCUCCUCUUGGAGAAGCAGCAAGAGGUGGCUGCCAUCAUUGAACCUCUCAUGUCCUCAAAGCUGAUUCCAGAGCUCCAGAAACUGUUUUCCUCCAAGAAUGAGACAAAUGUUCUGAAGCUCUGGCCAUUAUUUGUAAGACUUCUUGGAAAGUUGCUCCACAGAGGCGGUCCAUUCAUCAACUCCUUGCUACACCUGGAGGAGCUUGGCUUCCGCAGCUCCUCACCUGUUAUCAAGAAGAUUGCCUUCAUUGCUUGGAAGAGCCUCAUUGACAACUUUGCUCUUAAUCCAGAUAUCCUGUGCAGUGCAAAACGGCUCAAGCUACUCAUGCAGCCAUUAAGCUCUGUCCAGGUGAGGGCAGAGGCAUUGCAACUCACUAAGCUGGAGGUGUGGUGGUACCUGGUGAUCAAGCUGGGCCCUAACUUGGCUGCUAACUUUGAACAGGUUGGGGUUCCUCUGCUCCAGAGUGCAGUAAGCACUGAGUCAAAGAUCUUGUCUCCAACUCCCACAAGAAACUCUAGCUCUAAUGUGGGUGUUGUUCCCUCAACGCCUAAAACAGGUGGGCCGGCCCUUAACAGUUCCAUCGCCACUCCAAGGAUGAACCUUAACAGCAGUGUUCAUGGGGUCCAAACCUUUCCAUCCAUUCAGCUGCUAGGGCUCGAAAUGUUGCUUCACUACUUCCUGGGUCCAGAGGUCACUGCUGUUGCAGCCAAACACAAGUUGCAGCUUAGUCUCGAGCCCCUGUCCCAUCCACUACUGGCCAGCCACACUCAUUUCACCAAGUUCUCAGGGGUUCUUGUAUCAGCAGUUAGAGACGGUGUUAUCGGUAUCGGCAAAGAUGCCCCAGAUUCCUUGCUCAGCCUCAUUUGGAAGAACCUCGUUGGACUCGUCAACACAGCUAUAGAGUCAGCAGGCAAUAAGAAGGACAGACAGGGAUCCGAAAUGCUAACCCUGCUGCUCCAGGCUUUACAGAGCAUUGUAUCCUCUGAGUCUCUGCCUGCCCUCCGUACCCUGGGGCUUCUUGAGACCACAGUGAAAGGAAUUCCACAGAAGAUUUUGGGUUCUGCAGCAUACCAGGUGGCCAACAUGGACAUUUUAAAUGGCACCCCAGCACUGUUCCUUACCCUGCAGUUGUUCCACAGCAGCAUGCUGCACUCUUUUGUGCAGGAUGAAAGGUUUUUUGUGUGUCUCGAAACCCUGGUAAGCUGCGGCCUUUCUGGUCCCACGUCCCCUCUGGCUUUCAGUGAGUCAGUCCUGGGGGUCAUUGGGCGCAGCGCAGAAUUGGUGGAAAACAAGGAGCACCUGUGGAGGAUGUGGAGCAUUGUUGUCAGCCCCUUGACGGACACAAUCAUACAGACCAAUGAGGUGAACCAAGGCGAUGCACUGGAACACAAUUUUACUGCAGUUUACAGUGCCUUGAUGUUCCCUGUCAACCACCUGCUAACUGGUCAGGCCCUACCCUGUGCUACACAGAAAUCCUUGCUGAGCACCUGGUCCAGGCUGUAUAAGGCUUUUGCCCGCUGUUCUGCCCUGGUGGCCACUGCUGAAGAGAAUAUCUGCUGUGAGGAGUUAUGUGCCAAGAUGCUUACUGUAAUGGACCGAAAGGCCCUUUCGAAUGUAUCAACACUGGAUGCAGUUGCCAGCAUUCUCCUGGUCAUCAUUGAGUGUAUCGACUUCUCACCAUAUACAGUGAAGUCUCAGCAGAAGCCUAAAUCACCUCGCACUCCAUCAAACUGGGUGAAGAAGAAGAACAAAGUCCUUGGAAACCUUGCUGCCUUUCAGACCCUUCUAGUGCAGUUACUGGAGUCCUUCCUUGCACAGGAGGCACACAUGGAGGGUACAGGGCCAUCAAUGGGUGGACUAGCCUCUGUCUUAUUGGCUAUUCUAUCUGUACUCUUCAGCAGCCUUGCUCUGGCCACAGCAGUUUGUGAGAUGCUGUCUACACUCUCUCCUCUUCUUGCUACCCUGUAUGAACAGGCAGGGAGGCCUCAGAAUGAACGGCCAUAUUUUUACUCCAGUGUUGCCCCAAAGUUGGAGAAGCUGCUGGGUGACAUCUUGACCUGCUUGCAAACACGCUGUGUUCUGGCUUAUGACAGUGAACUCCUUGGUCUUCUAGCACCCUUGCUCUGUGUGCUUCUCCUUCACAAGAGCAAGGGGGUCCGUUCCCUCAUCACGCAGUUUUGGAAUGCUACCUUUGCCAAUGCUCCUGUCCUCACCUACCCUGAGGAACUCAAAGCCAUUUUGAAUCAGGUGAAACAGCAGACUCCAAUGAUUUUGCCAGGCUUUCACGCUGUUGAUGUUUCUGAUGACUUCUCUGGGCAGUAUUCUGGUGAAUGCUCUCAGCUUGAGACAAAGAUCAGUGGAGUCACUGUGAAGUCCACAGGGAAGAGGGGCUCCCUGCUGGCCAAGGCUGUGGACCGGAAAGAGAAAGCUUCCUUAAAGCCUAUCUCAGUGAAGCUUGAUUUUGGUUCUCCCAAACCACCUCGACGAGAGGUAUUGGAGGAAGAAGCUUCAGUGGACUUUGUGUUCAUACCUCCAGAGACCAAGGAGCGAGUUUUGACUGAGCAUCAGAAAGAGGUCAAGAGGACGAAAAGGGUUGAUAUUCCUGCUAUGUACAAUAACUUAGAUGCUUCACUGGACACUACCAUCUUUUCUCAGUAUUCUCAGAGCCAGGAGGAAUCAAUGGAUAAGUUACUUGCAGAUGAAAAAACAGAAAAAACAACAAAGGAAGACCUGAAUGUCAAGGUGUCUGAAGAAAAAAUGGAUGUUGAAGAAUCCAUACAAGCUGAAAAGAUGGAUGUCGAACAACCUCCACAAGCUGACAUCAAGGAGUUGUCAGAGGCUGAUAUAAGCUCCAAGAUGGACACAUCAGAACAGGAAGUCCAAGCUGUGGAAGUAUCUGCCAGUGAUUCCAUACAGGACAUCUUGGCAACAGAGACUGCUGAGAUCAGCACUGAUGGCUGCAAUGUUUCUGCUUCCUCAGAUGUAAUUUCUGGGACACCCCAAAAGCCUGGUAGCCGUCGUCAGUCAUUCAUUACUUUAGAAAAAUAUGAGGACAGGAAGACUGCCAGCAUGGGUAGUGUGACAAAAUUUACAGGCCCUCUCUCCAAGCCCAGCAAAGGCCAAGAAGCCACAGAGUCAGUUGCUGAGGGUGAAAUGGAAGAAACGUCACAGGGUGUUGACAGACCAAAACGUGGUCGUCCCAAGAAGCAAUCACGGUCUUCCCAACAGGAGGUUAUUGUGGCAGUUGAGGUUGAAAAGGAAGCUGAAAAGGAGGCUGAAUGUAAGGUAAAUAAUGGAAACGACUCCUAUAGCCAGGCCACAGAUGAUCCGGAUAUCAUUCCUGGCACUCAGAUUGACAGUACAGGCAAGGCCAGGCUUCCUUCUACAGAGACUAAGGGAAAUGCUUCUUCAGAGGAAAUGAAAGAGCAGCUUGUUGAUUCCCAGGGUUCUGAGAUCUCAAGCCAGACAGAAGUCAGACGAUCGGGUCGACGCCGGAGUAGACCAUUGCGCCCGGGUGAGGACAGAGAGGAGACGGAAGACAAAAAUAAGAUGGGAAGGGUAAAUGUUGAACAGGGGUCUUGCCAGACUGAUUCACAGAAGAUCCUAGCUGCUGUUCAAAUGGAAAGCCUUUCACAGGGUAGACAGACCCGAAGGAGCAAGGUUUUAGAAGCAGAGUCAGAAAACAGAGACGACAUGAAUAGCAAAACUCCACCAGGGGGUUCAAAAAUGAACAAUAACUCACAAAAGGCCUCAUUUGCUUCUAAUAUGGAGGUUCCAUCCCAGGUCAGACCAGGCAGGAAGAGCAAGGUGGCUGAACCUGUGAAAGAUGAAGCAAAAGAGGCUUCACAGGAAUCCUCCCAGGUUCAGGGCAGGUACAAAACAAGGAGGUCAUCCCAGAACUUACUCUCUGCCAUUGAGCAUUCGGAGUCUGAUGGUUCAGAAACUCGUGAGGACACUCAGCCAGUCAAAAAAAGAGGCAGGAAGCCGAAAUUGUUGAACUCAGAUGUGAUAGUGAGCCCAAAGAACACUCAGUGUCAGCAGUCCACACAUGUAGAAUCAGUGGAAAUAGGUAUUUCAGAGGCCUCUCAGAAGGAAGAACCCAAAAGUAUUAACUCAGACAGUGGGAGCCUAGAAGCACCACAGACUGUCAGUGAAGAAGUUGAAAGGAAUUCUUCAGAUCCAGAAACCUCUAUAUCAGCUUCAGAUUCAAAGCCAGCUACUAUAAGAAGUGGCUCAACAGUUGAUGAGUUUCCUACAGAAAGUCAGCCUGUAGUUCCACAGUGUACCACAGCACUUACUGAGAUUGUGACCAAGAGUCAGAAGGUGCAUAUCUGUCCUCAUUCUAACAGGGGAAGGGGGCGCAGGCGCUCAAGGGGUUGUCACUGCAAAGUCUCUGGGUCUUUGUCUCAGGAGAGUGAUGUGUCUGACUCGCAGAGUAAUGAAGACCAGGGCGAGAACAGAUCUUCCCAGGAUGGAAACUUGCUUUCUGACCCCUCUGAAUCAGUAUGUUCUGAGUCCAAAGAAUCCCAGAUCCAGGCAUGUACAAAGGAUGCUGUUUUUGUGGAGAUUGAUCCACAGGUCAUGGCUUCUGUUUCUAACAACGCCUUGGCACUUGGCACCGCUGAAACUGAGGGAAAGUCAAACAUUUCAGAUAAGGAUGAAGUGGAAAUUCAGAAUACAUCUCAGCUUGUUGACAUGCCCUGUGAAAAGAUAGAGGGUGCUGUUGAGGACAUUUGUAAUGAUCAACCAGAGGGGGAGGAGAAACAUGAAAACAACCAGGAAGAUCAGUGCCAGAUCAUAGAUGGACUAGAUGCUGAUGCUCCUCUCCAGCAGGAGGACUUGGUAGCACAGGAUGAAGAAGCACAUUUAAACAGUGCAGAUGUAGCUGUAGCUUUUGCUCCAGCUGCUGCUGCUUCUCCUACUAUGCCUGCGGAACUCUCAGAGCCAUCAAAACCCCUCUGCAUGGACUCUCCACCGAAGCAGAAGGCCUUAGAAGGUGAAGCAGAUGUUCCAGAUGUAGACCAGAGUCCUAGCAGUGGGAAAACUCGUGGUGUGUGGUCUCCGUCAGCAUCUCCCUCUACCAGCAUUCUCAAGAAGGGCCAGAAGAGGCCCUUGGAGGAAGAAUCUCCAUCCCCUUUACUCAAGUCUCGCCGAGUGUCUUUUGCUGAUCCAAUCCACCACCAAGAGCUGGCCGAUGACAUUGACCGUCGAAGUCCUGUCAUCAGGUCCUCUGCAGGAAGCUCUCCAAAGUCCAAAAACAUUAAUAAUGUCUCCUUCCAGCAAAGGUUCAUUACUACACCAACCAAAGGCACCUUGACUAAAGGCACCUUGAGUCCACGUAAUCUUCAUAGCCCAAGGUAUAAAAGCCCCAAGAAGUGUCUGAUUUCAGAAAUGAGCCAGGAGCCUAAACCCAUUCCUAAGGACUGUGUGUACCCUGCUCUGGUUGGUUGCUGUGUUCCUGUAGAAGCUGUUCUGCCUCAGCUGAGCUCAGUGUGGCCCCGUGGUUUUGGACACCUGGUACGAGCCAGAAAUAUCAAAACAGUUGGAAAUCUGAGUGCUCUUACACCAGCUGAAGUUAAGUCCCUGCCUAUUCGCUCCCCAAAGUUGUCCAAUGUGAAGAAAGCGCUUAAAACAUACCAUGAACAACAGCGGAAAGGUCGAGGUGAUGAGCUAAAGGGCUUUGAUGAAACUGAGAAGAUGACGUCUGAGCCAGAGGAGAGAGACCCACCAGAAUGUCAGGAAGACGAGAGACUUACCGAUGCUAUAGAUGCAGAACAGGUGAACAUACCAGUGGCCACAGAUCCAGCUUCAGAGGUGGAAGCGAUGGCUGUUCGGCUGACCGCAGAGGAGUUGAGCCGCUGCUCACCAGGCCAGCUCGUUCAGAUGCACGAGCAGCUGAGCACCUUGAUGAGGAACAUUGUGGUCCAACUGCAGAGCCGCCUACCCUCCACUGUUACUGAGAACACACCCUGAUGUGUUCAGAGACCUCUGUGCUUCAUAUCUGCAAUGGACAAGAUUUGCCCUAAUUUGCCUGUCUAUAUGACAGUCUACCAAGACCCAGGAUUUGAUUUUACUAUUUUAAAGUGCUUGGAAUUCCAGUGCUUCAGCACUCCUAUGGGGCUUUUUGUUGUUUUUAUGUGCUUUUUUUUUAGCUUCGCCGGCUACAAAGGUUUUGCACUGUACCAAGGAAAAAUGUAUGGUCAGCAUAACCCUUUGGUGUGAGGCAGGACUGGAUAUAAAUUUUACAUGCUAGUGGUUGAACACUUAGCAUUUUUUUAAAAGAAAGUAAUUGUAAAUGAUUAAUA